AUGAGCGUCCUCAGCGAGCCGCAGCAGGCCUCGGCCGGCGAGCCUGCUUCUUGGUCGUCGCUCAAUGCUUUGUUUGCUGACCGCGCCAAGAACAUGCGAGACACGGUCUUUCUCUGUGUUCCCAAAUCCAGUUCCACGGUUUCCGAUGCUGCUUUUGCCUACGACGAGUACACCUUCGGCCAAGUAGACAACCUUGCCAACGAUCUUGCUGCAUCGUAUGCAACUAACCUGCCUCCCAAGCAACCAGGCGUCCCGACUCGAGUUGUUGCUCUCUUUGCACCCAGCGGCUUCGACUACGUCAUCCACAUCCUUGCGCUGUUCCGCCUUGGACACACAGCCAUCUACCUGUCUACCAACAACUCAACGGCUGCUCUCGCUCAUCUCGUCAAGGUGACGUCGGCACAGAAUGUCCUGUACAGCUCGGACAAGGCAAAGGCUGCCGCGAGCCUCAAGUCUUUGUUGCACGAGCAGGGUCUUGCUUCCGUCGAGCUGCAGCAGUGGACGACGGUUGCUGAAGCUGUUCAACACUCUCUCGCCAGCAAGAUGGACCCAAGCUUGUACACCUCAGCUCUCAGGUACGAACAAGAGAGUGGCCAAACCGCAUUCUGUAUCCAUUCUAGCGGGUCCACCGGCUUUCCUAAGCCAAACUUCUACACCCAUGGACACACGGCCAGGAGCCUCAAAGGCAGUUCAUCCUUUAUGAACGGAAACACCUUCACGACGCUUCCGCUCUUCCAUAUGUAUGGUCACCACAUGCUCUGGGUAUCUGUUCACAACGGCAAGAAGAUCUUUUUGUACGACGGUCGCCUUUCUGCUGAUCUAUUGGUCCAAGCUGUCCAUGCAAGCGACGCCAAGAUCUUGGCCUUGGUGCCUUACGUUCUCAAGCUUCUCGCGGAAUCUGAAAGCGGUCUCCGUGCUUUCCAGGACGUUGCGCUCGUGUUUUCGGGCGGCUCGGCGUGCCCAAGCGAGAUCGGCAACAAGCUCGUUUACGAUCACAACGUUCCUCUGCUGACCGGCUACGGCUCCUCCGAAGCUGGAUCUCUCAUGUCCAGCUUCCGCGACCUUGCAAACGACAAGGAAUGGGAGUACAUGCGACCAUAUCCUCCCUGCAAGCAAUUCAUGAAGUUCGAAAACAGAGGAACGGAAGCUUCGGGUCCCUUUGAGCUCAUCGUUCAAGCUGGGUGUCCGAGUCUGAUUGCGACCAAUCGCCCCGAUGGUUCCUAUGCGACCAAGGAUCUCUUCGUCCCUCAUCCGACCAAGCCGGAUUCCUACAAGUACAUCGGUCGUGCAGACGACACCUUGGUUCAUUACAACGGCGAAAAAACCAAUCCAGUUCCCAUGGAGCUUGCCAUUCGAGCUUCGCAAUACGUAGCCGACUGCCUCGUCUUUGGUGCAGGCCGUUCGCAGACCGGCGUGCUCGUCGUUCCGUCUGAGGUGGCGCUGCAAGAGGCUCGCGUCCAAGCUGGUUCCGACGCAGACAAAGAGGAGCUCCUGCACCAGCAGAUGAACGAACUCGUUUGGACGGCAGUCGAGGCUGGCAACAAAGAGGCACCUUCACAUUCAAAGAUUGUUCCCGAGCUUGUCAAACUGCUGCCUCUAGGGACCAAAUUCCCGUCCGCAGACAAGGGCUCCGUCAUUCGCGCCAAAGCAGUGAAGGCCUUUGAGCACGAAAUCGAUCAGGUGUACGCCGACUACGAGGCUGGCAGUAGCGACGCUACAGACACGCCAAAGAAUGCACUGCAUGACCUGGAUACAAGCAUCACAGUCGCAGCGCACGCAGUGUCCGAGGUGACAGGAACACCUGCUGUCGAGUUGCAGACCAAGCUGAACGAGGCCGACUUGAUAGAACUUGGCAUCGACUCGUUGAAGGCUGCGCGCAUUCGCAAUCUGUUGCAAAAGAGGGUGAAACUAGCCUCUGACCUUCCCUUCAACCUGGUCUUCGAACACCCCACCAUUACAGCGCUCGCUGGAUUCCUGCUCAAACAGAGCCUUGGCGAGACGAACAACAAGAGCGAUCACGAGCAGGCAGAGAUCAGCAGUGUCGAUGCGCUUCUCGACGAGUUCAAGAGCCAGAUCAAGAAGAGAGAUGUUGAACCCCAGAACGCUGCCGCUAAGCACACGGUGGUGUUAACCGGCUCAACCGGCUCGCUAGGAGCUCACAUUCUCCACCAGCUCGCACACAUCGAACUUGUCGAAAGCGUCAUCUGCUUGAACCGUGCCAAGGAUGACGAGGAUGCGCGAAAGAGGACCGAGGAAUCCCUGUUGAUCCGCAACCUGGGAAAGCUGGAAGAACUCGCUUCGUCGAGCAACACUUCGAUUUUGUGCCUUGCCUCGGAUCUCGCCAAGCCCAACCUCGGCCUUUCGCCUGCUUCGUGGAGGCUGGUAUCAGGCAAGACCACCUGUGUCAUUCACAACGGCUGGCCAGUCAACUUCAAUAUGUCUGUCCAGUCGUUCCGCGGUGCAAUCCAGGGUUCAGUCAACCUGAUCAAUCUAGUGGCUCAGACGCCAGCGACCACGACGCCUCGCUUCAUCUUCUCGUCUUCAAUCUCCGCCAUUAUGGGCAAGGCUGCUCCUCAAGUUGAUGAGCAGUAUCCAGACCGCGUCACAGACGCCAUCCAGAUGGGCUACGGUCGCUCGAAAUGGAUUGUAGAAAAGCUGUGCAGCUAUGCUCAAGAGCAUGUCGGUGGCGGCUUUGACGCCGUGGUCGCUCGUAUUGGACAGAUGGUGGGAGAUCGUCAAUCUGGAAUCUGGAACGAGACCGAGGCAGCGCCGCUGAUGCUCAAGUCGGCUCAGACUGUCGGUUGUCUCCCAGGCUUGGAAGAUCCGGUCUACUGGCAGCCGGUCGACGACUCCGGCUUCAUCGUGGCGCAUCUGGUGGUGCCAGCCCGACUCGAGGGUGUGGUGCACGUGCUCAAUCCGUCAGCGACCCCGUACAACCAGGUGAUCGAGCAUCUGGCCAAGCCAGAGAACCUCGGCAACUCGUUCAAUGUUGUCGAGCCCACAGAAUGGGUCCGCCGUCUGUCCGAGUCGGAUCCGGACCCGCAGCGCAACCCGACCAUCAAGCUGCUCGACCACUAUCGAGCUAGCUACGGCAAGCCGCGGGUAAACGGCGUUGCAACAGACGACAAGCAGUCAGCGCAGCAGAAAGUCUUUAGCACUGAUCGCCUGCGUUCAGUCUUCAGACAGCUGGGCCUGCAGCGUGAGCUCGAUUCAAAGCUCGUGCCCGUCGAUGCCAAUUUGAUCAACAGCAUUGUUGCUACGUGGAAACGCACGGGUUUCUUAAAGUGA